AUGAACAUGACCGUCCAGGUGGACGGAGUCAACGUCAUGAUCCAUUAUGACAGUAUCCGGCAGCUGAAGCAAGGACCAGUGGACACGUGGCCCUUCCCCAUUGGCCAUGGUUUAGCCACAGCAGCGGCAGUGGCAGUGGCAGCAGCAGCGGCAGUGGCAGUGGCAGCAGCAGCGGCAGUGGCAGUGGCAGCAGCAGCGGCAGUAGCAGUGGCAGCAACAGCGGCAGUCUCUUCCCUCUCGUUUCGCUACCCUUCCUUCCUCGCCGCUCCUCCCCUCCGUCCCUCACACCUGCCAGUCCCUGCCGGUGCAUGUGCUCUGCAGCAAGCCAGAUGCAAGCGUUCGUAUUUGAGGCACCUCAAAAAUAGUCUCCCCCCUCCUCCGCUCCCUCUGUCUCCCCCCUCCUCCGCUCCCUCUGUCUCCCCCCUCCUCCGCUCCCUCUGUCUCCCCCCUCCUCCGCUCCCUCUGUCUCCCCCCUCCUCCGCUCCCUCUGUCUCCCCCCUCCUCCGCUCCCUCUGUCUCCCCCCUCCUCCGCUCCCUCUGUCUCCCCCCUCCUCCGCUCCCUCUCCUUCAAACCCCUCAUGCACCGGCCAGUCUCUGCCAGUGCACGUGCUUCGCAGCAAGUCAGUCCAAAAGCGCCUGCUCUCCCUGCCAGUGCAUGUGCUUCGCAGAAAACCCGUCCAAAAGCGUCUUCUCAUUGCUCUGCAGCCACCCUUUCCCGUCCUCAUGCGUUCUUCCCCUCUCUUUCUUCCGUACCCUGCGCCCGCACACACCGGCCAGUCCCUGCCAUCCCUGCCAGUGCACGCAGCAGCUGAGCUGGAAGCAGUGGCAGCCAGUCUCAGAGAGACACCUGGCAUAACGUCGGUGACUCUGGGGCGUGUGAUUGGUGGAGGCGCCUUGGCUCCUGGAUUUCAGAUCUUCCUGGCAUCACAGUCAGACUCAGAUUACAAGCUUGUAGCACGUGCAGGGCUGACCAUCCAAGAGCUGCUAGUGGAAUCGGACCUUGAUAAGGAAGCAAUCAGAGGUGCCAUCCAACAAGCGAUUGGGCAGUUGUGA